AAAGUUGAUCCACGGGGGAAUAACACCUGUUGGAUAUUAAAAAAAAUAUAUUAUUUGCACCAGGAAGUGGAAACAAAUUAAGUGUUUUUUACGGUCAGAAUUGUCCGAGGGGGGCAACGGACAUCCGGGACAUCACGUGCGUCCCCACCGACGGUGACAUCAAAACUGGAGGCGCUCUCACCUGAAAACUGGUUUUUCUGGAUCAACCCCCAAAAAAGCUCAAUUUCCCGUAAAGUCAACCGACACUGAAGUUAGAGACAACACCCGGAAUUACCUGCUCACUGUCUUCGGUGUGUCAUUGGCGCGGGACACGAGCUCAACAGGAUGGAAACUCAGAGCCAGGUCGUCGACAGGUUGCGGUCGGUGUUUCGUUCGGGCGUCACGAUACCGGUGGAGUUUCGCUUGAAUCAGCUGGCCGAGCUCAUGUCCAUGAUCAAAGACAACGAGGAGCAGAUUUUAAGUGCACUGCAUAAAGACCUUGCAAAGCCAAAAUUUGAGGCCAUCAUGUCCGAGGUUGAUAUCGUGGUCAACGAGCUGCACUACACCAUCGCUAACUUGACAACCUGGAUACAGCCGGACUAUGUCGCCAAAAACCUGGCCACAAAGCUGGAUGACUGUUUUGUACGGAGGGAAGCGUUGGGAGUGGUGCUGAUCAUCGGGCCGUGGAACUACCCCCUGCACCUCCUUCUCCUACCUUUGGUUUCAGCCAUUGCUGCAGGUAACUGUGCGGUCAUCAAGCCGUCGGAGGUCAGCGCCCACACAGACCUGCUGAUGGCAGAGCUCAUCCCCAAAUAUCUGGCUCAGGACUGUUACGCCGUUGUUCGUGGUGGAGCAGAGGAGACCACGACGCUUCUGCACAAUCGCUUUGACCACAUCUUCUAUACGGGUUCUCAGACUGUGGCACGCAUCAUCCUACGGGCCGCCUCAGUCCACUUGACCCCGGUGACCUUGGAACUGGGUGGCAAGUGUCCGUGUUUUAUAUACGGGCGGGUGAACAUCGCGGCCGCCGCUCGACGCUUGGUGUGGUCAAAGUAUUUCAACGCCGGCCAGAGCUGCGUGGCACCGGACUACGUGCUGUGCUCGGCCGCCACGAGGGACGCCCUGCUGCCCGCGCUGCGCCAGACCCUGGAGGAAUUCUACGGCGAGGAUCCUCAGACCAGCCCCGACCUGUCCCGCAUCGUGUCGCCCCGACACUGGACUCGACUGAUGGAGCUGCUCAAGAGGUCUGCUGGCAAGGUCGUGUUGGGAGGAGAGAGCGACCAGGAGGACAAGUACAUCGCUCCCACAGUGUUGGUGGACGUGUCAGAGGACGACGCUCUGAUGGCGGAGGAGAUCUUCGGCCCCAUCCUGCCCAUCCUCACCGUGGAGUCUCUGGAGGAAGGCAUCGCCUUCAUCAACCGCCAAGAGAAGCCGCUGGCCCUCUACGUCUUCUCCGACGAGUCCUCCGUGGUGAACACAGUUCUGGAGAAGACCAGCAGUGGAGGGUUCUGCUCCAAUGACGGCAUCAUCCACAUGUGCCUGCCGACCCUGCCCUUCGGAGGUGUAGGGGCGAGCGGGUGGGGCAGCUACCACGGCCGCUGGGGCUUCGAGACGUUCAGCCACCGGCGGGCCGUCAUGCUGCGCGGCUGGAUGUUGGAGAGACUCAACGGCCUGCGCUACCCACCGUACCGGGAGGACAAGCUGAGCUGGCUGCGCUGGACAACCUCGGCCAAGAGCAGCUGCUCGCUCAUGUGAUGACGUGAGAUAGAGAAGAUGGAGAGCUUUUUAAUACUCAUUUGUACGAUACUAAUUUUAUUGGUGUAAAUGUUUGGGGUACUUCAACUGGAAAUGGGGAGUUUUUAUUUUAUUUU